AUGGCACUUCCCCAGGGCCAGGCAGAUGGCAGUCUCCCCGCGGGGGACUCCAGCCCCUCUGAGGGCACUCCAGGGCCCAGCCAGGCUCCUGCCAGCCCAGCAGCCACCAGGAGGCGGGCACUCCUCAGGGAGCUGGAGGCCCAGGUGCAGGCAGCCUAUGGGCAGCUGGCUUUGCUGCAGGACCACUGGCAGUGGCCCAGCUCCCCCCCAGGGGGCUCCCGCCACAGCCCCGGCCCCAGCCCUGGCCCAGGCCCCAGCCCCAGCCCUGAGGAGCAGGGGGGCCCGGGGCCGGGCAUCCAGGGCUACUCGGUGCUCAACAGCCUGGUGGGGCCCGCCUGCAUCUUCCUGCGGCCCAGCAUUGCCGCCGCCCAGCUCGACCGGGAGCUGCGGCCAGAGGAGAUCGAAGAGCUGCAGGUGGCCUUCCAGGAGUUUGACCGAGACCGGGACGGCUACAUUGGCUACCGGGAGCUGGGCGCCUGCAUGCGGACGCUGGGCUACAUGCCCACCGAGAUGGAGCUCAUCGAGAUUUCACAGCAAAUCAGUGGUGGAAAGGUGGACUUUGAAGACUUUGUGGAGCUGAUGGGCCCCAAGCUGCUGGCAGAGACAGCAGACAUGAUCGGCGUCAGAGAGCUACGGGACGCCUUUCGGGAGUUUGACACCAACGGGGACGGCCGCAUCAGCCUGGCGGAGCUGCGGGCAGCCCUCAAGGCCCUGCUGGGGGAGCGCCUCAGCCAACGGGAGGUGGACGAGAUCCUCCACGACGUUGACCUCAACGGGGACGGCCUGGUGGACUUCGAAGGUACCACCCACCACCCUCCGCGCUUCGUGCCACACACCCUGGGAGGUUCAAAGGAACAUGGUCACUGCGCGCCAGACCCCGUGCUAAGCACCCUAUGCCCUCUCCCCGCAGGACAAGAAAGCCAAUUCUUAGGAAAGUGUGAGUGCUUAGCAAAAGAUGUGGACGGAGCCAAGAUGUGAAGCCAGACAGGCUGACCAGAACCCAGCUCUUCCUCUGUGCUGGAUUCCCACCAGGCGGAGAUAAGGGUUAAGUAAUAAUAGGAAGCCAAGGAAAAUCAGUAUGUAGAAAUUCUCCAAAGUAGGCCUCAAAGUUGUUCCUGAGCUUCCUAGCAGCCAAAGCAAAGAGGAAAACAGGUUUAGUUACAAGCGUUUUGUGUUUUUUUUUUAAGAUUUUAUUUAUUUAUUUGACAGAGAGAGAGAGACAGAGAGGGAACACAAGCAGGGGGAGUGG